GUGAGCAAGACUCAUUUGAUUCGAUACUCUGAUAAAAGCUCAGGGAGGCACAGAGAUUAUUUAACAGGCUGUGAAGGUUUGUGCCGACAGCUUUGAGGCUCAGCUUCUGAAGAACAAACCUAAAGCGGAAUACUAAAGAUGCAGCCCAGCCUGGUUUUAGCCGCUUUUCUCUGUUUCACUACCUGGAUGAGCUCAGUCCGUACAACCCCUAUAAGCAUACGCAGUUGUUGUGUCGUGUGGUCCAAAACCAGAGUCUCACUUGACCGAAUUGUGAAUUACUCCAUUCAGACUGAAGAUACUUGUCGCAUCAAAGCAGUACAGUUACAGACCGUGCUUGGAAAGACAAUCUGUGCCAAACCAGGCGCUGACUGGACAAGAAAAGCAAUUGAGAAGGUGGACAGGGAGAAUUCGCAAAAGGGAUUCACAAGUGACAUGAUACCAACAGGAUCCACUCCAGCAACAUCCACACCAGCAACAUCCACUGCACCCCCAACAUCAGAGGAGAUCCCUCAAAAGAAUGUCACUUUGGGAGAGGACACGCAGGAUGGAGGAACAAGGAGCAGUGAAAAUGUGUCUGAGAAAUCCCCCCCAAAUUAAAGCUUACUAAAAUCAGUGCCACUCUACUUAGCUUUACCGCUCUUGCUAUAUUUCAUCAUUAAAGUUAAAAAAAGGAAUACUAUAGCUACAUAGUAUAAUAUAAUAUAUAAAUAUAUAUAAAUAUAAAUGUCAGUUUGUCAUGUUUCAUUGUCAUAAAUAUGUUUGUUUUAAAAAAAGUAUAUAUUUGAAGCUUU